AAGGAAAGGGGAGAAACUCCUCUUUGUGCCUCCCUCCCUUGUCAUAACCGCAGAUUCUGUAACCCCUUUCUUCUUCCUUUCCCUCACUUUAAUUCAAAGUAAAUAGAAAGUAGUGGAAUUGAAAUAUAUUAUUAAUUUUAGUAGUCUAGUUUAUGUAUGUGACUAUGUGGGUAUUACCACCAUUUUUAGUUUAUUUAAGUUUCCGUUUGAAUUGGUAUACUUGGGAAAUUAGCAGAAUAACCUUUAGUUAUGUGGACAAAACUUAGAUACAAUAUUCAAAUCAAAACUGUCCAAGUGUUAUAUUUCCAGCCUGUUUGUAUCAGUGUUGAUGACCAAGUUUUGCUUCUUUGAUAAAACUUUGCCCGGAAAAACGUGAUGCUAAUGUGGUUCUUGUGCAUUGAAAAGCGUGACAAUUCUGUUUCAACUAUUUUCCAAAUAGGCUCUUUGGGUUUGUUUGGAUUCUUUGGAACCAUUCACCGUUUGGAAACUCAGUUUCUAGGAACUGGGAAUCUUGUACUUUGAAAAAGCCACUAUUGAUGUGCUUUGAAAACGGUGAAACUCAGUUACAAAAGCUGGAAAUGCAAAACAAACUGGCUGGAUAUUGGUAGCCAACUGCUACAGACCUUCAAUGUGGCUAUCAAUUUCAUCUUGGAGUGGAGCUGCCCAGAGGCUGGUAAAGUACUGAAGAAAAAUUCAGUGCCAGAUUGGCCAUUGAUUGCAACUUACCUCAUAAGUGAAGCUAGCCUCAUGGAAUCUUCAAGAUGGAGCAAUUAUAUAUCGGCCUUACCUCGUCAACCUUACUCACUUCUUUACUGAGGCAUUUAUGUCAUUUCAGGUCGCAAGCAGAACUAGAUCGCUACUUGGAAGCUUCACAGAUUAGGGAGAGAGCAAUUGAAAGGAUUAAUAAUGUUAUUGGAACAUACAAUGAUUUAAGGCUAAGGAUAUUUUCCAAAUACCCUGAUUUAUUCCCCGAAGAGGUGUUCAACAUAGAGUCCUUCAAAUGGUCAUUUGGUAUUCUUUUCUCUCGCUUGGUUCGGUUACCCUCAAUGGAUGGAAAAGUUGCUUUGGUUCCCUGGGCUGAUAUGUUGAAUCAUAGUUGUGAUGUGGAGACAUUUUUGGAUUAUGAUAAGACAUCAGAGGGAGUUGUCUUCAUGACAGAUCGGCCUUAUCAACCAGGUGAGCAGGUGUUUAUUUCUUAUGGAAAAAAAUCUAAUGGGGAGCUUCUGUUAUCGUAUGGAUUUGUUCCAAAAGAAGGUGCUAAUCCUAGUGAUUCAGUUGAAUUGUCACUGUCACUCAAAAAAACUGAUGGCUCCUAUAAGGAGAAGUUAGAAUUGCUGAAAAAGUAUGGAUUAUCAGCAUCUCAGUGUUUUCCUGUACAGAUUACUGGUUGGCCCUUGGAAUUAAUGGCUUAUGCUUAUUUAGCUGUUAGUCCUUCAAGCAUGGGAGGAAAAUUUGAAGAGAUGGCUGCUGCAGCAUCAAAUAAAACUACCUCCAUGAAGGAUUUGAGAUAUCCUGAAAUAGAGGACCAAGCAUUGCAAUUCAUACUAGAUAGCUGCGAAUUCAGUAUAUCAAAAUACAACAAGUUCUUACAGGCAAGUGGAUCACUGGAUUUGGAUGUGACUUCUCCUAAACAACUCAACAGAAGACUGUUUCUGAAACAGCUAGCUGUGGAUUUGUGUAAUAGUGAGCGAAGAAUAUUAUUCCGUGCUCAAUAUAUACUGAGAAGAAAACUGAGGGAUAUGAGGGCUGGUGAAUUAAGAGCCCUAAACAUCUUCAAAGGUUUUCGGAAUCUUUUCCAAUGAGGCAUUCACUGGUGCAUUAUUUUCUGCCCUGGUUUGUCCUUGGCAGUUAUAGAAAAAUUUAUCCCACCCUUCAGCUUGAUGAACUUUGUUCAGUUCACACCUGGUGGGGCUUAUUUGUAACAUGUAAUUGAGGGAAACAGGUCCAGUCUUUAAGUGAUGGAAAUAUUAUAAUCCAUACUGAAAAAAGAGAGGAAAAAGAAUACAAAACGGAAGGAAUGAUUGUAACAUAGACUUCGUAGGUAUUUGUUGAUCCAAACAACUUAUUUUCUUGUUAUGUUUAAAUUUUUUAGAUGAAAAAUCAUAUUUGAAUCUUUUUGUGUUAGUUUUCUUGUCAAAAUGCCAUGUUGAAAGAGAUAGAGAUUGUAGGGCCUUGUG